UAAAUUGGCCGGGCACGGGCACGGGCAAGGGCACGGGCAGGGGCAGGAGCUAUGCCAGAGUGCAGGAAUGGCAAGUGUAGCACAGCCUCCAUUGGAACUCACGAAGAACCAAUUUCUCCACAGACCCAAACACCAACAAUCUUUCUCUCUCUUGCUUCAUAAACCAUUAAAGUUCCACCACCUCAAAGAGAUUCAAGCUCAACUUUUUCGCAGAACUCUAGAUCAGGACAAUAUUCUUAUAACUAAACUCAUAAAUGGCCUUGCUUCUUCUGGUUCAAUCGACUAUGCCAUGAUUGUCUUUGACACCAUCAAAGAACCUGACCUUGUGCUCUGCAACACCAUGCUCAAAGGCUGGAUCUUAAACCAGCUAUUCAAAGAGGCUCUCUCUCUAUAUAUUCUGGUGUUAGAGAGAGGUUUCUGGGGUGACCAAUUCACAUUCCCAUAUGUUCUUAAGGCCUGCUAUAGUCUUCAAAACAUCAGUAUAGGCCGAGCAAUUCACUCCAUUGCUGCAAAAACUGGGUACCAAGCUGAUGUUUUUGUGCAAAAUUCUUUGAUUGAUAUGUAUUUGAAAUGCGGGGAUUUUGAGUCAGCAAUGUUGGUGUUUGAGAAAACGCAAAACCCAAAUUCAACUUCUUGGAAUCUCAUUGUAAAGAGCUCUGCAAAUCGAGGGGACAUAGAGACUGCUCGUAACGUUUUCGAUGAAAUGCCCGAAAGAGACAUUGCAUCUUGGAACACCAUGCUUAGUGCCUAUGCUAAAAUGGGUGAUAUUAAGAAUGCUCGGAAAGUUUUUGAUGAGAUGCCUCAAAGGAAUUUAGUUUCUUGGAAUGCAAUGAUAGCUGGUUAUGAGAAAAAUGGCCAUUUUGAUUGUGCAUUAUCAUUGUUUGCAGAGAUGAGAGAGACCGGUAGUAGACCAGACAAUGCCACCAUGUUAUCGGUGUUAUCUGCAGCUGUUGAAGCGGCUGACAUUGAGAUGGCUAAUAAGUUACUCGAUUACUUGGAUGUGUGUUUUUCCUCAAAAUCUUUCUCUUUAUUGACCACGGUUAUGAAUUUGCAUGCGAAGUUUGGUAGGCUAAGGGAAGCUCGCCAAGUUUUUGAUGAGAUGCCUAAGAGAGAUGUUGUGGUGUGGAAUGCUAUGAUCGGGGGUUAUGCACAAAAUCAAAAGCCCUCUAAGGCUCUUGAAUUGUUUCGAGAAAUGCAAUCGAAAGGGGUUGAACCAGAUGAGAUGACCCUAGUCAGUGUUUUGUCAUCCUGUGGCCAAUUGGGUGCCUUGGCUCUGGGGGAAUGGGUCCAUUCCUACAUCAAGAGGAAUUGUGUCAAGCUAGACAUAUUUCUAAGCACCUCACUUGUCGACAUGUACGCUAAGUGUGGCGAUUUGAAGAGGGCUCGAGAAGUGUUCAAUGGCAUGACUAAUAGAGAUGUAGCCUCAUGGAAUGCUAUGAUAAGGGGCUUGGCGAUGCACGGCCACGGCAAUGAUGCCCUCUCUCUCUUCUCCAUGAUGGAGAUAGAGGGAACAGCCCCAAACUGUAUCACAUUUAUUGGGGUCCUGAAUGCUUGUAGCCAUGAAGGCUUGGUAGCUCGGGGCUCCGAGCUAUUCGAAUCAAUGCAAUUCAAAUAUAAGAUCAGACCUCGAAUUGAGCACUAUGGUUGCAUGGUUGAUCUUUUCGGGAGAGCUGGGCUUCUUAAAGAGGCUCAAGAAUUCAUAAGAGCAAUGCCUAUCGAACCCGACAAUGUGGUCUGGGCAGCUUUGCUCAAUGCCUGUAGAAUUCACAAGGACUUCGAGCUAGCAGAGAGGGUGGCUCAACAUCUCAUUGACCUCGACCCACUUCAUGAUGGUAAUUACGUUCUCUUGUCAAAUAUAUAUGCAGCCUCCAGUAAGUGGGCUGAGGUGGAAAAAGUUAGAGAGAGAAUGAGCAUGCGAGGAGUUCUCAAGACCCCAGGUGUUAGUUCAGUAGAGGUUAAUGGCACUGUUCAUGAAUUCACAGCUGGAGAUAAGUCACACCCGCAAGCUCAAGACAUAUAUUUAGCUUGGGAUGAGUUAGUCGAGAGGCUUAAGGGUCUAAGUUACUCUCCUGACACUGGUUCGAUUUUAAGGAACAUGGACGAGGAGGACAAGGAAGAAGCUCUUUACCGGCACAGUGAGAAGUUAGCGAUCACCUCGCUCAUAAAUACAGAGCCCUUGGUGCCUUUGAGGAUUGUGAAGAACCUUAGGAUAUGCUCUGAUUGCCAUUGUGCUAUGGAGCUCCUCUCUAAACUCGUGAGGCGAGAGAUAACCAUUCGAGAUCGGAAUCGUUUCCACCAUUUUAGAGAUGGUAGCUGCUCUUGUAAGGGUUAUUGGUGAGGAUAGGAGUUCCAAAUCCUUAUUCUUUGUACUGUACAUUAAUGAAACACGGAUCCUCUCUUUGUUACUUGGGUAAGCUACGGUUGGAACCCAAGACAUGCUCUCAUGCCCUAUCCACCAAGGAAUUAGGGCAAACACUUGUACAAGUCAAAUUGCACCACGUUAAGUUUCAGAGCUCACGCUCCCUGAAGCUUCCACUGUUUAAAGACUUGGCAAGUUUGUGACACUCAAAACCAGCAUUCUACCAGUUCUGAAUGACCCCGAUUCGGAUAGCCUGAGUCUUGGCAAAGUCUUGCUGAGUUCCUAGAUGAAACCCAUCCCCGAGUUUAAGAUUCGAGAUUCUGCAAGUUGGCUCCUGACUUGCCCGGGCUUGUAGCAUCAGAAUGGUUGCAACAAAUUCAAUAAUUAAUGAACUAUAUCCAA